AUGGCUAUUGACACAAGGAAUCCAGACGGCGACUCCGAGAUGGCCUCAUCUGUCGACUCGCUCCAUACAGACUCCGAUGGAGCUGCAGCAGGCGCCCGCACCCCAACCUACUUUUCCCACGCUUCUGCUGCCGCCGCCGCGUCUGAGCUCUCUCCUCCUGGCUCUCAACCUCAACAAAUACCCGAUAUCUCCGCAACUGCCGACUUUAAAGAAGUUCCCGGUGACGUGGCACAGAAAUCUCGAGCGGGAUCAGAACAUCCCAUUGCGUCAUGGCAAACCAAGCGUGCCCAGGAAGAGUACCAGCGGGCCAUGGAGCAUGUGGUGGACAAGGACUUUAACCUCCAUGAGUUUGGAGACCCGUUCGAUGACCGCGACUUGGACGAGAAGCUGUUGUGAUGCAGUACACGGGG